CAAGCGUGACGCCUUGCAGCAGGAUUGAGCCGCAGUCAACCACCAACACCACCGCAAGCACCCCUCCACUGCUGGCCAUGUUCUCUCCUGCGCUUGGGAGAGCGUUCCGCUCGACCAGCGCAAUUACUGCUAUGCCGACCAGCUCCGUUGGUCGCGCUGCGAUUAGCACUGCGCAACAGCCUUUCAGGCCGAGCCACCAACGGCGCCUGUCAUCUUCGAAGCCCUCCACACCCCCGGACAACUCGAAGAGGCUCACCGAGAAUGCUACGGAAGAUGUCAAGGCGUCCGAGAAGAAGUCGCGGAGGAGCAGCAAGCUGAAGGCCUCGGGACCGUCUGCGCCGGCAACAGCAGCGCGCAACAUCCCAUACGUGAAGCCAACCGAUCACCUUAUGGAACAACAUCUUGUCUGGUCAACGCUCAUCUCGCAACAUCGACCUAUCUCGAUCAGCCCUGCCGCAGAGCAGACUGUACCGAUCCCGGCGUCUAUGGAGCAGUUCGAGGCUAUCUUCCAGCCGCAGAGGCGCAACGAGCCCGACAUCAUCGUCCACACUCACAAGACUUUGGCCGAGUUUAUCGCAGGUGUGCAAGCCUCGGCCGAUCAGUACGAAGCCCUGGACGCCUUCGAGGAGGCCGCAGAGGAGGACAUCUACCACCUCGACAGCUUUGCGCAAGUACAGCCAGAAUCGCUCGAGAGCUACGCUUUCAGGCCGCCGCCUGCACCCGUACCCUUCGACCAUCUCGCCGUCGAGGAGACGUGCGAGAUCUCUCUCCCCACUACCCACACCGGUCGCUCGAAGACCUUCCGCGAGCAUGUAAGGAGCAGGCGAAGCGGCAUGCUCUUGAUCAGUGUCAAGAGGCAGAGGAAGCUCAAGAUGAAGAAGCACAAGUACAAGAAGCUCAUGAAGAGGACGCGUCUGCUGCGGAGGAAGCUGGAUAGGUUGUAGUUUAUCGCAUGGAUCCGGAACUCUCUCCCGAUCGAUCCCACGGCGUUUU